AUGUCCUGCUUCUCUUCCCGCCUCGGCGCCUCCUGCGGGGUCCGCGCUUUCAGCUGCGCCUCAGCCUGCGGGCCCCGGCCUGGCAAAUGCUGCAUCUCCGCAGCUCCCUACCGCGGCAUCUCCUGCUACCGCGGACUCUCUGGGGGCUUCGGCAGCCGCAGCGUCUGCGGGACCUUCCGCUCCGGCUCCUGUGGACGCAGCUUCGGAUACCGCUCUGGAGGCGUCUGCGGGCCCACACCCCCCUGCAUCACCACAGUCUCCGUCAAUGAGAGCCUGCUCACACCCCUCAACCUGGAGAUCGACCCCAAUGCUCAGUGUGUGAAGCAUGAGGAGAAGGAACAGAUCAAGUGUCUCAACAGCAAGUUUGCCGCCUUCAUCGACAAGGUGCGCUUCCUGGAGCAGCAGAACAAGCUGCUGGAGACCAAGUGGCAGUUCUACCAGAACCGCAAGUGCUGUGAGAGCAAUGUGGAGCCGCUGUUCGAGGGCUACAUCGAGACACUGAGGAGGGAGGCUGAGUGUGUGGAGGCGGACAGUGGGAGGCUGGCUGCUGAGCUCAACCACGUGCAAGAGGCCAUGGAGGGCUUCAAGAAGAGGUAUGAAGAGGAAGUGGCACUCAGGGCCACUGCUGAGAAUGAAUUUGUGGCCCUGAAGAAGGAUGUGGACUGUGCCUACCUCCGUAAGUCGGACCUGGAGGCCAAUGCAGAAGCACUGACACAGGAGAUUGACUUCCUGCGGCGACUCUAUGAGGAGGAGAUCCGAAUCCUCCACGCCCACAUCUCAGACACCUCUGUCAUCGUCAAGAUGGACAACAGCCGGGACCUGAACAUGGACUGCAUCGUGGCUGAGAUCAAGGCUCAGUAUGAUGACAUUGCCACCCGCAGCCGGGCAGAGGCCGAGUCCUGGUACCGCACCAAGUGUGAGGAGAUGAAGGCCACAGUGAUCCGGCACGGGGAGACCCUGCGUCGCACCAGGGAGGAGAUGAAUGAGCUGAACCGCAUCAUCCAGAGGCUGACAGCUGAGAUUGAGAACGCCAAGUGCCAGAACACCAAGCUGGAGGCCGCAGUGACCCAGUCUGAGCAGCAGGGAGAGGCCGCCCUCACCGAUGCCCGCUGCAAGCUGGCUGAGCUGGAGGCUGCCCUGCAGAAGGCCAAGCAGGACAUGGCCUGCCUGCUCAAGGAGUACCAGGAGGUGAUGAACUCCAAGCUGGGGCUGGACAUCGAGAUCGCCACCUACAGGCGCCUGCUGGAGGGCGAGGAGCACAGGCUGUGCGAGGGUGUGGGCUCUGUGAAUGUCUGUGUCAGCAGCUCCCGUGGUGGAGUCACAUGUGGGGGCCUCACAUAUGGCACAACCCCAGGGCGCCAGAUUGCCUCUGGCCCCUCUGCCACUGGGGGCAGCCUCACAGUGAUGGCCCCUGACUCCUGCUCUCCUUGCCAGCCACGCUCCUCCACCUUCAGCUGUGGGAGCAGCCGCUCAGUGCGCUUUGCUUAGAAACGGGACCUCCAACUGAGCCAC